AUGCGCCGACGACUGAAAUGUGUCCACUGGGGUCCCGACUCGAGCAGCUCCAACAAGUCGGAGCUUCGCGCGGAAACGCUGUCGGCCAGCCAGGAGUCCGGCCAACAGAGAAGCGCUGCGCGGAGAAGCCCGGGACCUGACGAGGGGUGCAAAACUGGGCCCUCCCCUCCCGCGCGGGCAGAUAUUUGCGCAGCGUCGGCGCGCGCAGAGGAGCCACCGGGCCAGGGUCCAAGUCGAGGGGAGGACCGUUGGUCACCGCAAUGUGUACGUGAGUCUCCUCCCCACUCGCCCGCGCCCGCUGCACCACUUCCGCAAACGCAUUCGUGGCCCGAUCGAGGGCAGGAUCUUGCCCGCGACCAUUACCGCCACGCCCACCGCCAUUCCGCCGGCCCCUUCGGCCUUCGGAACCAGCCGAGUGCGGAUGCGGGGGGGACUGCUCGCGGCGACCCGAAUCCCAGCGACGCCCAGGCGACCCCCUCCCCCGCGUCACCGGAGAUCGCCGCGGAGAGCGUUGCGCGGGGGAUCGCGCUCGGGGUGAGCGCUGGCCUGCCCGACCACGAGGGGAUUGGUGGCGAGGAGAGCGACGGCCCGCGGGGGACAGAUGAUCGCCAGCUCCGUCCCGGUGAUCAUCGCGACACUCUAGAGAACGGCGGCGAGGAGAUUGCUGCUGCGGCUGCUGACGUGGCGGCGAACGCCCGCGCUCCUGACGCGGCUGACCAGUGGGCCGGUUCGAGGCAACCUGAGCAGGAACCCACGAGUACUCCGGCGAGGGGGGCUGGGGAACCGGUGGAAGAGGAAGAGAUAGCCCGCGCUCGAAGCGGCGGACGGGCUCACUUGCGGAGGGGCGCGCAGAGGCACGCGGACGACGAGCGGUAG